AUGGCCGGACAAAGGAUAUCGCGGGUCAAGGUCGACAAGACAAAAAAGCGCAAGAGGGACAGCCACGAGAACGAAGUCAAGGCCAAGAGGGCUCGUCCCCAAGAUGCAAACGGAGAGCUCGCCGAGCCAACCUCGACCAAGGAUCUGGCCGAGAGGCUUGAUCGCGCGGAUGCCUCUUGGAAAAUCUCCAAGCCUAUGGGAGGGCGCAUGCUUGACAUUGACCCCAUUCUUACCGACAAUGGAGAAAUCCUGCACCCAAUCCGUACUGACAGCUCUUCAAGAUAUUUGAUCUUGACCUACAACACCUCAAUUCAAGUCUUCUCUGCCACCGACUCCCUCCUAGUGAGACGCAUACCCGUCAGCAGCAUCGAUGCCUCCGCGCCACAGGCCUCGACCCCCGCCCCGAUCGUCGCCACCCGCCUGUCAAAACUGGAUGCCAACUUCGUCUGGGUCGCUUGCGCGGACGGACAAGUAUACCGCAUCAACUGGACCAAGGAGUCCAAAAGCCUCGAAAGAUUCCAGACUGCCUCGAAGACGGCGCGCGCCAUGUCCAUUGUGCCCUUUGGAGCCAAAAACCGCCCCAAGGAGACUGUCAUUGUCGCCGAAUCGAACAAGUCAACACGCAUUGAACUGGUGGCCUACGAAUGGGACCAGGCGUCGACACCCAAGUCCAAAUCUCUUGUCUUUCUCAAACGCCCGGGUACCGGACUACAACUCCUCGAGUGCACCAAGGACGGCCAGUACCUUGUCGGCGCUAUCAACGACCGCCUGUUUCUGGGCGUCUCCCAGCAGCUGCCCGCCAAGUCAGACAAGCUGCAGUACGACUUUUACUCCUUCGACACGCCGGAUCUCAUCACGACCUUGGAUCUGCGCGCAUACAAGAGAUCGUCCAAGCACAUCCGCAGCGAAACUGAAAAGGUGGUGGAUGUGAUUGUUGGUGGUGCCCGAGGUGGCAUCUAUCUUUACCACGACGCCAUUUCCCGAUGCCAGGCAACCGAAUCUUGCAAAACGGGUGAUAUCAAUAUACAGGCGCAGAAGUUCCACUGGCAUCGUAAGGCCGUCCACUCAGUCAAGUGGUCCAAAGACGGCAACUACAUGAUCUCUGGUGGGUCCGAAAAUACCCUGGUGAUGUGGCAGAUGGAUACUUCGAAAAAGGACUUUCUCCCGCAUCUCUCUGGGAGUGUAGAGAACAUUGUUGUCUCCCCAGACGGCACCUCUUACGUCGUUCAUCUUGACGACAACUCGGCAAUGAUUGUCUCAACCUCCGAAAUGAAGCCUUCCGCGUAUGUGUCUGGGAUCCAGUCUGCCGCGGCCAACAUCCAGACCCCCAAGGACCAGCUCGUGAAGCGUGUAUGGGAGAUUCAAGACCACGUCCGCGAGCGCAUCCCUGCUGCAAUCCGCUCCAAUGCACCAUCCCGCCUACACGUCUGCGUCGGCACCGGCAGACAAUCGACCAUGUCUGGCCGCUUUUCCGCGCCUCUCCUCCAAGCCUUUGAUCUCGACACCUUUACCAGCGUUUCAAAGCAAGCGUUGGCAAGAACACAGCCUACCGAUAUCAACAUGACGAACAAGGGCCACGUCAUCGACGAGCCCCUGGUUACGCACGUGGAGUUCUCCGGCGAUGGCAAGUGGCUCGCCAGUGUCGAUGACUGGCAACCCGCCGCCAGAGAUAUUGACAACGUUAGCUCCGAGCUCAGAGAACAAUUCACCCGAGAGCGCCGUGAAGUUUAUCUCAAGUUUUGGGAAGUGCAAGAUGACAAUGAGCCUGUCGCCUUGGUUUCACGAAUCAACGGACCCCACGCGAGUUCGUCCUCGGAGCCCGUGCUCGAUCUCGCUUCUGAUCCCACGUCAACAUGCUUCGCGACGAUCGGCGGUGAUGGCCUUGUGCGUUUGUGGCGCCCAAGAACGAGACACGUGAACGGCAUAGUGUCCAAGGGUGCUGGCGGCAAGGAGACUGUAUCCUGGGGCUGCGCACAGGUUAUCCCUGUUGGCGAGGGCUAUGGGGCUGGUGCUCUGACGGAUGUGGCUGCACCAAGUGCACCCCAGGGAAAAAUCACAUACUCUGAAGAUGGCUCUACGAUAUUCGCCGCCUUUGGUUUCUCCGAUUCUGGAUCGGUAUAUGUGAUCGACGCAGCUUCUGGAAAGGUCGUUCGCAUCCUCGAAGGUCUAUGGGAGGGCAACUUGCAUGCUAUUCGCACACUAUCACCAUUUGUCGUGAUUCUCUCAGAUGUUCUCUACGUCUACGACAUUGUAAGCGAUGAGCUCCGAUAUGGCAUUGUUGUGCCUCAGAUACCCGGCGUGGAAGGCUUGUUACAGCUGGCCGUCGAUAAACUUUCGGGCCACUUUGCCGUUACGCUGCCGAUUGAUAAAUUCUCGAGCAUCGGGAUUUUCAGCCCCGAGGACCCUGAACCCUUAAUGGUACGGAGUACACCACAUCGGAUUGUCAGCCUAACCACAGCUCCCGGCACGAGCGGCUUCCUCGCACUAGACGACGCCGCGCAAAUAUGGACUGUCACCGAAGGCUCCGACCCCUCCUCGAUAGUCACUGCCCAGCCGCUCCAGGACAUUCACCUUGAAGGCCAAGUGGAUGAUGGCGCUAACGGCGAUGUUGCGGCUGCCGCCGAAGACGACGUUUUGAUGGCGAGCGAUGACGAAGAAGCUGCCGCGGACCAUGUCGCAGAUGACGAUAUGGACAUGGACAUAGACGACGUACCGACCAGUGUUAUUUCACAGCAAAGUCUGUCCGAUAUAUUCAAUGCUGCGCCAGCAUUUGCCGGACCGUCCGUUGAGGACAUGUUCUACAAGGUGACGGGGCUUCUGGGAACCAAGCCUCUGCCUUCUUGA